AGUCGCGAGUUAAGGUCAAGUGGACCGGGUUGGCUAGGCUAGGCCGACAUUAUGAAUAAAACUACUGCAUGCACUGUAACAGCUGGCAAUUGUUAUGACGAAUGAACAUAGUAAAAUGGAUGGAAAUGACAGAAAUGUACACCUUUCAGCUCAGACAGAGUUUGUGAUACCAGCAAUUCUUGCAGCUCUUUCAGUACUUGCAUUUGUUAUCGGAUCAAUUAUUUACGUCGUAAGCAAGUUGAACCAUGGGAAGCGUGGUGCAGCUGAUAGGCACAGCCAUGGGCAUGAAGUACAGGCAAUACCAAGGGAAGAGGAUGAUUUGGUUGUAGGAGCACACGUCAUGCCUGUGCGCAGAGCUAGAGCUGCCAGAAACCGUAUGAUGAGACAAGCAGUCAGGCAAGAGCUGGAAGAUGGUGAACAGCAGGCAGAAGAAUUUGACUAUGGAACAGGAUUGCCAAAAAAAAUUGGUGCUAAGAAGGCACGCAAGCUAGAAAUGAAAGCGGAAAAGCAGGCACAAAGAGAGCAAGAAUUGGCAGAGAGAGAAGACAGAAAGCGUCAACAAGAGAUCAUUGAUGUGCAGCGCCAACAGGAAGCUGAAAAAGAAAAGCAAGAACAAAGGCUCAGAGAUGAAGAAGCUGCAAAGAUGAAGGAAGAGCUAGAAAGGCAAGAGGAGGAAGCAUAUCUUUUACUCAAGAAAGGUUUUGAGGUCCAUGAGGAAGGGUUUGGUGAAAUACUUACAGAGUCAGAGUCGCAAAAUCUACUACAAGAGUUCAUCAAUUACAUCACAGAAAACAAAGUUGUACUUUUGGAGGAUCUUGGGGCAGAGUUCAACAUGAAGACACAGGAGGCUAUUCAUCGUGUUCAAGAUUUGCAAGACCAGGGUUUUCUUACUGGAGUUAUUGAUGACCGGGGUAAAUUUAUCUUCAUCUCCCAAGGGGAAUUAGAAGGCAUUGCUAAGUUUAUGCACCAGAGAGGAAGGGUGUCCAUUAGUGACCUUGCUGAGGCCAGCAAUAUGUUAGUGUCCCUAAACACAACAGUCAGUUCUACUACCAGGGAAAUAAACAGAGAAUGAAAUUAGUGAAAUUUGUAUUAGACAUUAGUGAACAUUCUAAAUUUAUUUUAUUACUUCUUGCAUUUUUGUUUUGUUGUCAUUUUUGGAGUCUUCCAUGGAGUGAAGAAUCAUCCUGUGAUGUUUUUGUACAUGGUUUACAUGCUUUAACAUUAUUGUUAGUGAUGUGACCAAAUACUUCAAUCUUUUUCUUGACACUCUGAUAUAUCAAGUCGAGGUUAAGUUAAUCUUAAAUGUGUGUGUGUUGUGAAUCUUGUCAAGUUGGCUUACUCCCAUUGUGCAAUGAAAGCAACACAUCUCUAAAACAUGAGCCUGUUUUCAUCAUCUUCCUUGGCUGACUGUGAGUCUGCAACAUAAACAGUUAUGCCCAAAAUUAUUCAUACCUAUGCCAAGUUCAGGAAAUAUGAAUGUUUUAUUUGAGGAAUGAGUUUAUGCUUGAUUAAGUGACAUAAGAAGGCGACAAAAGGCUGUAGGAAGUAAUGCAAGAGAUAUUUGAAGAUAUUCAGUAUUUGGGGUAUUUAAUUUGAGGUAUUUACUGAAAAUUGUCAUGUCCAGAACUACUUAUAGCCUUUUUUAGUUGUCAACAGUGAAGGCUUUGUAAUCACAGCCUCCAACCGGUUCUUGUAUAUACUAACAUGUUCUUGCACAUCUCCACAAGGAUUUUGGCCCACUUCUCUCCUGCAUACAUGUACAUGCAGGUUUCAAGGUUCUUGAGGUUGGAAGGUUUCCUUGCUAUCACUUGGGUCUUGAGUAACUUCCACAGAUUCUCAAUUGGUUUCAGAUUUGGAAUUUGGCUUAGCCACUCCAAAACAUUUACUUUUCUUCAAUUAACUUGGCCAUAUGUUUUGGGUACUUUUGUUGUUGGAAUGUCCAGUGGUAUCCUGGCCCAAGUUUUUCACGGACAGUUUGACUUUUUCCUCAAAGAUCUUGAUGUACUUCCCAAGUUUCAUGCCAUCCACUUCAACAAAGUUGCCCAGCCUAGUGACUGAAACUUCCCCAAAACAUUAUAUUCCCUCCACCUUCCUUAACUGAUGAGAUUGUGUUUUUCGGGUCGAAUGCUUUACAUUUCUUUGACCAAACGAAAGCCAUCACAUCCGUAUGGCUCGACGUUGAUCCCACCUUAACCGUAGCAUUGACAUUGACAACCAAAAGUUUAGAUCUCUUUCCAGGUGAGUUUUUGCAAAGGAUAGCUUAGUUUUUGUGUACCAUGGUUUGAGGAGUGGAGUCUUCCUUGGUUGUCGUCCAUGGAGACCCCACCCCCUUGUGCAAAGUCCUCUAGAUUGUUUGUCUCGAUCGUUUGGCCCCAUAACCCUCAGAUUCUUCAGGAUAGCCUUGGUGGUGAUUUGUGGAUUGUUGUUGGCCUCCUGCAGUACUUUUCUUACCAGACGAGGCACAUGCCUAUGACCUUCGACUAUAUCCCUGGAGGGUUUUACAGUGUGGAACUGCUUGUAUUUUUUAUGAUCUGUACUGUGGCAACUGGAAUGUUCUAAGAAUUUUCUAAAACAGGACAGAUGAGUGUGGAAUUGUAGACAACUGCAAUGUCACCAACAAUAUCCUUAAUUCUGAGGCCAGAAACAGGUAUGAAUAAUUAUGGUCAGGCCUGAAAAAUCAAAAUCCCAAUAUUUCUACUUCAAUUUGAAUGGAGGUUUGUACAUACCAACUAAAGGUCAUAAAGCAAAGCCACAGUUCCACCAGUCUAGUUCAAAUGCUUUAAGAAAAUAGAAAACCACCACAGUUGGCAAGAGGUAUGAAUAAUUUUGGAAAUACAUGUAAAAGUAGGAGUAUUGACAGAAUCAAAAGGAAUCCAGGUGAGUGCAUAAUUUGGAUCAAUUUACAGCUUGUUAAAAUAUUUUCUGCAAUAGUUUAGAUACAGGGAAUGGCCUGUUCUAAGCUAUUUGCUGUAGGUAAAACAGGUACAGACAGAGUGAAAUUGCAAAUUUCCUGAUAAUACAAGUAAAGUAGCAUUUACAUUCAUCUUCAAACGGUCAGACGGAGCUGGUUUGAUUUAUGUUGGGUUGCAAGUAUCCAAUGUUGUUAGAUAAACAGUUUCAGUUUUGACACAUACUGAAUGUGGCAUGAUCUGCAAAACCGUUCACAUGGUGAGCUUUGUCAAAUUGAUCUGGAGACUGUCCUGUUUUCAAAACUGACUUAACACAUUGACUGCCACGUAUAAUUUCACAGGGCAUUCCUAUUUGCAAAGCAUUGUACACAUACAUGCAUAUUUGUAGUACUUUUUAGGUGUUUAUAUGUUUAAGCUUCGAGGAAGGACACAGGAGUUGCAACUCAGCAUGGAGGAAGGACACAGGAGUUACAAGUCUGGCACAUGAAAG